GGCAGCAACGAGCGGACCGGUUGGCGACCCACUCCUGCUGAACUAUAUACUGCUUUGGACCCGCUGUUGUUCCGCCACCUGCACCACUAAUUCCUUUUUGUGUUUGUGUGUGUGUGUGUGUGUGUCUUGGUACCACUUGUGUUUUGGUGGAAGGGAAGGGGUGACACCCUCGAUGAGGAAUUGACAUUGCUGAGAGGAUGGCUGAUGGCAACUUGGCACAGGGACUGUUUAUCUGUGAACGGCCCACUGCUCUAAUGCAAGUCACAGCGUUGUGAUUUGCGACAGGGUGUCAGUCAGCCGGAGGCGAUGGGUCAGUCAGAGGGGCUAGAGAGCAGGGGUGGCAUAAACAGCCCUGACCCCCUGGUACGAGAGGCCUAUCUGAUGUUACAUGACUAUAUAAACUAUGUGAUCGCAGGGCCCGACGGCCACAUUGGCCCACCCCCUACUGCCACAGCAGCAGCCCUGCGCCAUGCUGGGGAUGAGCUGCUAGUUAGGUUCCCCAUCUUCUUCAGGCGUUGGCCACGCGUCUUCCAUGAUGUGACCGAGGCCACAGCCUGUCCCAUGCUAACCGCCAUUCUGGAUGAGCACUUUGCCACCACCACCCCCGGGGGGCGCCGACGGGACCUGGCCUGGAGUGCGGUGCUGUCUGUGUAUGUGCUGGCUGGCCAGAUGGCCCUGCACUGCCAUGAGAGGGGCAUGGGGGGAAUCCUGCCCCAGCUUAAGGAGUGUGUUGGGGGUUACGUGGAGAGGGUCAUCUGUCCAGAGAUUCGGGACAAGGGUGGAUGGACAGGCUUUGUGUCCCGCUUUGGGCAGAAGCAGGACUUGGAGGGCCAGGUGAAGAAGGUGUGUUGCUGGACUCUACUGCUAUUGGCUACCAGUAUCCUGUCCUAUUUCCUGUGGAAACGAAUAAAAUCUUAAACAACACCCCCACCUGGUGACCACAAUCAGAUCGCUCCAAAAGUCCCCUUAUUGAAUAAAUAUUUUCCCAAAGCAUAUAUUUUCCAACUGUAUUUCAAUGUCCCACUAUUGUCUAUUUUAAACCAUUAAGGUGUGCAAUCAUGCUGGUAAAAACAUUACCUCAGUAAUAAUGUGCCAGGCAGUUAUGGGACUUUGCAUUAGACAUUGACGUAACAGUUUCAGGGCUCAACAUACAAUAGGCUCCCAGUAUUAACCAGCCAGCUAGUUUACAACUGAAUCAUAAUUCAGUAGAGAUACGCUUUUCACUGUGUCAGGUGUCAGCCAAGGAUAUUUGCACAACUGAAACCGAAAUGCCCUAUCCAACAUAUAUUUGUUGUUGCUGAAAAUGCCCCAUCCAGGCAGCAAAUUCUGAUUAUCAAAUAUCUUUCAGAGCUGGUCUGUUUGGUCAAGAGGCCAAUUAGUGAAAGAAAAACACCAGAUAUGGGCUGCUUGUGUAAAUGCAGACUUUAGUUUGUCAAGUUCAACCCAUGUCAUACAUAAAUGGUGAAUGGACAGGCAUGUUCUAAUAUUACUCAUACACCCUUGACGUUGUCAGCCAAAUUAGCAAUAAACUUCCUGAUAGUCUACAUGUAUAUUUAUGUGCGCGCUAACAUCGAAAUAAGGAACGAGAGGGUUUAUGAAACACCACUUUACUUGCCAAUUUGGUCUGUCAACAUCACAGGGGAUAAAGUCCUUGGAUAACUAGCAUGGUUAUUAGUGCAUGUUAUGUCAGACUAAAUCAUAGCUUGAAAUGGCUAAUUCAAAACAGAUUUACCAUGAGUUUAGCACACUAAUCAGAUUUCAGAGGCAUGGCAAAACAUGCAAAAACCUGAGCUAUGCCUUAGAACCAGCACGAUUGUGCUGGGGAACACUGUAGCCCCUCAUCUUACCAUGUAUAGAAAACAUACAUCAAUGACUUCAGAAAUGCAGCAACACCUGUGCUACAAUUAUGAAACUGUGGUUACAAUACAUUUAUGUCAUUUGAUUGUUUUUACCACUGAACUAUUGCCUAGUUGAAGAACUGGUUGUCAGAAUAAUGUGUGACAUGUGAUUACUGAUCUGGCUAUUAUUGAAGCAACCAUUAAAUUGAGAAAUACAGGA